AUGACGACGGAGCAUCCAAUCGAGACUGUCUCUGAUGCAGAAAGAUGCUCGAGCUCGAAGCCUGACAAGACUCGGAGAGAACCUACUGUCUUGUUCGAUCGAGUUUAUGAAAGGCAACGAGUAGCAGAGUGCCCCGAGAUUGCUCCGAACGAGAAACGAAACGCGAGUCUCUCUCUGUUUUCGGUCGUUUGUUCACGACAAAGAGUCCUACUUACUCUGGAGCAGGAUUUCUCCAGCGUUGCGUUCCAGUCCACGCCAUCGGGCAUUGAUCGCCCCCGACCUGGAACAAACAACAGUUCUGUGAAUUUUCGUCGAUCUAGCGUACCUCCGAGCAGAGAGAAGAGCAAAAGAGCCGGAAGGCUGGAUGAACUUUUAGAUGGAACCACGGAAUGGAGAAUGGAGAAUCGGUCGAUUUUCUUUCCGCAUUCGACUCUUUUUGUUGGACGCGAGGCAGCGUAUGGCGAUACCCGUGUCCAGAAGAAGAAGAAGAAGAAGAAGAAGGAAAUACACCGAGAGAUCUCGAAUUGCUCGGGUCCGACCACCGUGAACAAUUGUGCUUUUCGCGCAAAGAAUUUGACGAUAGUCCGAGAAUCUUAUGCAAUCGCAUGGAGCAACUGGAUAGCAGCGCGUAGCAGACACCGUACGAAAGCGAAAAGCACGUUUCGCAGGAUGCAAACUCGGUGUGGAGACUCGAAUGGAAUGAAAUUAAUCGUACGAUUAUUGUUCAAAGGAUGAAUCACAAAACGAUCGCGAUGACCAAGAAGCUGUGCUGUAGCAAUUACGGUUACGUAAGCUGCCGCUGCCGUCGCCGCCGCCGCCAC